ACCCACCACGCGCAAAAAGUUUUUUUUUUUCAUUUUCCAUCACCGCGCCGCACCAUUUCGACUUCCCCGGGAAAAACACCCGCCCCAAACCCUCCCCGGAAACUCAAAACCGCACCACCUCCCUCUGCGACCAUGUCGGUGCCCGACGGGGAGGACGACGAUGCCUUCCUCCUCGCCGUCGACGCGGCGGAGACCGCCGCGCUCGACUCCUCCUCCAAGCGCCGCCGCCUCUCCACCUCCUCGUCCUCACCGACCCCCACGGCGUCCCCGACCGCCCCCGCCUCCGUCCCCGAGGGGUCCUACCUCGCCGCCCUCAAGGGAAGCCACAGCACCGCCUGGAAGCAGCAGCAGCAGCAAGGCCUGACCUACGCCCACAAGCGGCCCGACGGCCCCAAAACCCUAGCCGCGGGUACCGGUGGGACACAGGUGGCCAGCGGAGCGUGCUUCAAGUGCGGGGACCCCGGUCACUGGGCGAGAGAGUGCCCCCAAUCCGCACCGGCUGCUGGGGGAGGAGGCGGGAUCGGCGGCGGUGGCGGCGAGCAUGCGGAUGCGGGCGGGGCGGUGGAGGAGAAGGCGUGCCCCUGCGGCGCCGGGAGCUGCCUCGUGCUCACGUCCAACACUCCCAGGAACCCCGGCCGCAAGUUCUACAGGUGCCCUAUGCGGGACAAUGGGGGUUGCAACUUCUUUGAAUGGUGCGAUACUCCAUCUCCAGGCUCUGGAAAUGCUCGAAGUAACACUGUUUUUCCAUCAGAGACAUCAGCAGCAGCGGAUAUGCCUUGCCCGUGCGGUGCUGGAACUUGCUUAAUUCUCACUACAAAGACAGGAAAAAAUGUUGGGAGGCAGUUCUAUCGUUGCCCAUUAAAUCAGGGUGGUGGCUCUUGUGGCUUUUUCAAAUGGUGUGACGAUCAACAGCCUAGGGUAGGUGCGCCACCACAAGCUUCACCACAAUACCAAACUGAUGUUAUGUCAACCAGCCAAAACUCCAGCAAGAGGAGCUCUUCAUCCUGCUUCAAAUGUGGGCAGGAGAACCACUGGGCAAAAGACUGCCCGAAUCAAUCUUCAGAUCCUUAUACUGACAAAGGUGGGAGAACAUCAGCAAGCUCGCCUGAUGCGUGUUUCAAGUGUGGUAAGACUGGUCACUGGUCCCGCGAUUGCCCAACCUUGAAUAGUGGUAGUGGUACCGGCGCAAGCCAUGUCAAGGCCUCUUCUACUUUGGGCUCGUGGAACAGCCACAGAUGCUGAUAGCAGGUUCCUAUGAAGUGUGAACUCAAUUGAACUGACAUGGACAUACUGUACCAAACUUGGACAAAUGCCUCCGCCACGUGUCGCUUAGGUACAUCAUCUUGUCGAUGCCUUUUGCUGCUCUAUGUUCUGUAAGGAGAAUAACUGCGGAUGUUUUCUGUCUUCAUCCUGCCCUACGUGUUGAACUCGAAUCUGUGUUAGACCUUAGGUAUUUCGGCAUAUGAGGAUAAGUAAAAUUUGGUACUAUGUUCAUCCUCACAAGCAAUAUAAUUCCAUGCUUCUGCUCU